AUGGCAGGCACAAGGCACCGGCGGGCGGCUUCCAACUCGACCGUCGCGACCGUCGACGAGCAAGCUCUCACCUACUACAAGGAAACCCAGGUCAUCCGUCCUGCUCCCGCCAACGUCCACCCCAACGAUUGGCCGCUGUUCCUGCUCACCGAGGCCGCCGUCUACAACCGCCAUGGCCAAUUGGCCAACCUGCUCGAGGCAGACCUCGAAGGCCCCUUCAUGAUUCGCGGUCUGCUAGCCGUCGAGUCGGACCAGAGCAAGCUGCUCAUGAGAGGUCACACCAGGUCCCGCUUGGUAUGGAUCGAGAUGCCCAGGGUUUAUUCCUACUCCUUCGGCCUCAAGGAGGAAACCGGCAUGCCCGUGCUGUGGGCCCAGGGCGAGUGCUGUCACCUCGAGAUCGUGCCCUCCGAGAGAUAUGAACCAAUCGCCAGCACCAUGUUCCAAGGCAUUGUUAUGCACUACGCCAUCCUCGAUUUGUACCUCGAGCAGGUCGAGCUCCUCAAGGCCGCCAGACCAAAGGCAAAGAAGCGCAAGUUCGACGUCCAGGAUGUCCAGGACGCCCAACUGCCUAUACGAGACAUCCUCUACGGCUACGCCGCUGCUGUUGGCGACGGCUCUACCGAGGAAGAGGUCACCCAGAGAUGCAAGGACCAGGCGCGCUUUCUCCUUGCGCAAUUUCCUAAGGGGACGGGAUUCCAUGCUUGGCUGGGCAAACAGUUUCCUGACAUUGUGCAAAGAUUGGGCAAGAAGCCGGACCCUUCUGCAGAGGUCACAUUUGCUGAGCCUGCGCUGCCCGAGGCGGAUCCAACGCGGCAGAAGUCGAGUUCGGCAGAGCGUCGCGACGCCAAAGGCAAGGGGAAAGCCGUGCCGAGCACGAGAGGUACUUCCAAUGCACAGUCUGAUCGGACCGAGGCCUCCAGCGACGAUCAACGUGGUUCACGUGCCCGCUCUGCCAAAUCCCGGCAGAAAUCAGUCCCCAAGUCGGUAAAGGAUGAAUCUCCGGAUCAGGUAGACAUCGACAUGCAAGACUUUGCCCGUAAGCCGGUGGCAUUGCCUGCAAGAGUCAAAAAUGGUGCGCAGUCCUCAGACACACCUGCAGAGCCACAGUCUGCUCUCUCUGCGGUCAUCGACGUAUUGAAUGAUGAACGAGAAAAGGCUCUUGAUGCCUUCAACACGGGCGCGAAGCAGAAGAAACACCCAGAUUCCAUUCCCCAUACUGCCUGGCUCACCAAGCUCUACUUGGCCAUGAGUAUCUCGAACUAUGCCGCCAAGGCCGAGAUUAUGCAGUACCACGCCGGAGGUCUUGCUCAGCGCCUAGGUCCCGAGUGGAAGGACAGCGAACUAUACAAAUGGGCCAAGAAGAAUGCAAACAUCAAGCCGAGAUACGAGCAUAUCACUGAGGAGCAAAUUCUCAAGAUCAGAAGGCGUCAAAGGAUGCCCGACGCAUCCUCCCGGGAUGGAAAGAGCACUGCAGCAAGCGCAAGCCAAACUCCGGAAACAAGCGGGAAGCAGCCACGCAGGGGUCGCCCCAGUGGCAAGGCGGCAGUGCUACGCCCUUCUCUCGGCGGCAGCAGUAAACGCUUACGGGACGACGAUGACAAUGAUGAGGAUAUCUUGGCUAUGGAAACGGACACUUUCCCUCGCAAGAAGUCUGCGAGAACAUCUCAGUACUUUGCCGACGGCGAUGAUGACGUGGACUCGGACGCUGUCACAUCCUUGGACGACGAUGACGAUGAAGACAGUGGUGACAAAGAGCCCCUCGCUCGCUUGGUCGUCCACGCCGAACCUCUGCCUUCUAUAACGCCCAAAGGGCCGAAUCAUACUUGGUCAUGUGAAGAGCCAGACUGCGAAUAUGUCGUUCGCGGCGCCAACGAUCAAGAUGGACAGGAGCUCAUCCGCCGACACUAUGAGGAACAUGAGAAGGAGGCUAGUGACGAGGCGAAAGAACGUGAGCUGAGCCAAGUCACUCUUGCGAUGCAAGAGAGUGGCGGCCAUUUGCCUAUCAACCACCUUCUCGACAAGAUACGCAAAGCAACAUACAAGAAGCCGGCCGAUCAAGUGGAACUGAACGGUCGUGUCGUGCCACAGCCGAUCAAGAGGUCUCUCCUGAUCUGA